AUGAUUGAAGAGGAGGGAUAAUAACUUAAAAGUUAAUUAGAAUAACAACUUGUUGAAGCCAUUUUAGAUUCUCUUUAAAAUCAUAUGGAUCAAAAUGCCACCUUUUUAGGUAAUCAUUUCUUUAUUAUCAUCUAUUCAAUAGCUGAAAGAUUAGUUUAUGAGAGAGACACUGAAGAGUUUAGGUCUUUAUUGGCUGAAUGUUAUUUAUAAGAGAAUUAGCCAUAUAAAGCUUGUCAUAUACUUAAAGACUGCAAAUCUGAAUACAAUCGGUAAAAAAAACUAGUUAAUACAUUUAGUUAUUAAUAUGCAAUGUCGUUAUUUCGAAAUAAAAAAUAUAAGGAAGCUGAAGUUGCUUUAGUUGGAACUUAAUUUAGUAAUUAAUUUUCUAUUUAAACUCCAAAUGUACCAAAUGGAGGAUUUGGUUAUCUUUUGUUAGGUUAGAUUUUAGAAUAACUUCAUCGUAUUGAUGAAGCUAAACAUCAUUAUUAUAGGGCAUUGGAUUAGAAUCCAACAUUAUGGAUGGCCUUUGAAAGACUAUCUAAAAUUGGUGAAUCAGUCACUAUUAAUAAGGUUUUUAAUGAUCAGAAAUAAAAAUAAUAUGAAAUAAAUAGAUAAUAAAGUUGCAAUAUCUAUAAGAUAAUAUAAAAUUUAUUGAAAAAUAAGUCACCAAAUUUGAAAUCAGGAUAAAAAGAAGAAGAUAUUAAAGAAGAGGCUUAAAUUAAUGAUACUGUAAAUUAAUACUUUAUAUAUUAAUAGUAAAUUUCAAGCAAAAGAUAAUCCUAAACAAUUAAACCAUUUUCAACAACUGGUGUUUAGUAAUCAAUUGUUCAUAUGGAUGAUAAUUCAAAUAGUUAAAUGAAAUUCAUAUGUAAUUUAAAUUAUUAAUAUUUUAUAAUAGAACAUCAAUAAAAAAAAAUAAGUGCUAAAAUGGUACCAACACCUGGAGUAGGAUAUUAAAAUUAUUAAUCAUUACUUAGUUAAUCUUUUUAAUUCUCAUAAAAUUAAAAUAAGAAUUUCAAUCCAAAAAAAAGUGAUAUUCAAAAGGUUAAUACAGCUGCUAUUUAAUAAUCUCCAAGUUUAAUCAAGUAUGAAUUUUCAUAAUUUUUUAAGUCUACCUUAACUUUUGAAAUUGUUUGCCCACCCUUAUAAUUUAUGGACAAAUUAUUAAAUUGAAGCAAUUUCUAAUUUCUAAAAGUUGCCUCCAUAACAUUAUAGAUCAGGAUGGGUACUUGAAAAAGUAGCUAGAAGUUUUAUGGAUUAAGUUAAAUAUGCUGAUGCAGAGAGAGUUUGGAAGGAAAUGAAAUAAAUUGAACCAAAUCGUUUAGAAGGUAUGGAUUAUUAUUCAUCUUGUUUAUGGCAUCUAAAAAAAUAAUCAGAAUUAACAUAUUUAGCACAUUCAUGUUUGUAAAUUAGUAUGUAAGCACCUGAAACAUGGAUAGCUAUUGGAAAUUGUUUUAGUUUAAGUAAAGAAAUAGACAAUUCAAUUAAAUUUUUUGGAAGAGCAAUUUAAUUAAGAAAAGAUUAUUCAUAUGCUUAUACUUUAUCAGGACAUGAAUUCUCAUAAAAUGAAAAUUUCUAAUAAGCUAAGAAAUCUUAUGAUAUGGCCACUUCAUUAGAUUAGAGAUAAUAUAAUGCUUGGUGGGGAUAAGGAAACAUGUAUUAUAAGACAGAUAAAUAUGAUGAUGCCAUUAGAUGUUUUACUUAAGCUUUGAAAAUAAACUCAAAUAAUCCAGUUUUACCAACAUUUUUGGCUAUGAGUUAUGCUGCCAAAGGAGAACAUAAUGAAGCUUUAAAAUAUUUUGAACAAAGUGAAAAAUUAGAUCCUAUGAAUGGAUUAAAUAAAUAUUAGAAAGUAUUUAUAUUAUAAUAUAAUGAUAGGCUAAUUCAUUAAUAAAAUUAGAUGAUUAUGAUAAGGCUUUAAGUGAAUUAUAGAGAUUAAGAGAAUUGAUACCUAAAGAAGCAGCAAUUUAUAUUUUGAUGGGAAGAAUCUAUAAGAAAUUAGGAAAGAUUUAAGAAGCAUAAAAGUAUGAAGGAUUAUUUAUAUUGUAGUUGUUUCAGUACUGCAAUUUCACUUGAUUAAAAAGAUUCUGCUAAGAUUAAAGGACUAAUGGAGAGUUUAAAUAAUCCUAAUAGUGAAUUCAACGAUGAUUUUGAUUUAUGACAU